AUGGCUUCAGAUCGUGAUUCUGACCCACGUAGCAUUCUUUAUGCCGUGGAUGCGAACACCUUUGCAUCCUUGGCGUUGCUAAAUCGGCAAUGGAGGCGGGCAUCAGAAUCUCCUUCUCUGUACGCACAUCACCUAUCACAAUGUCCUUCAUUCAUUUGGUCCCGCGGGGUGAUCCCCACCCCCAGCGAAGAAGGCCUAUCAGAUAUUAAACGCCAAUUCUUGGAAGAAGUAAGACGAAAUGCAUUCGAUGUUUUUCUACGGCCACGCCGGACUUUAGUGCGAAUGAUCUCGAGUUCCAUGAGUUCCUCGACGGCCUUUCCCCAGGGUGAAGUAUUUCGCUUUUCAUUUUCGGCAAAUGGCCAUAUGGUACUAUGUAUCAGUUCAUCUCGAAUUGUAGUUCUGGAUGUGGCCACAGAUCCAGUGACCGUUAAACAUGAGCUAAUAAUUCGCCGGCGACCUCAAGGUGCUGCUAUUAAGGAUGAUGGUACACUACUUGCAGUCCUUUCGUCCACACAUCGGGUUAAUAUUUAUACACUUUCCAGUGAAGAGGCCAAGCAUAUACAGACUAUUGUCCUGAAUGAUGCUCCUAGGGAUUUGACAUUUUCACCCACUGGCAGCGUGUUGGCUUUGUCCUUUGAGGAUAGCAUUGAAGUGUACGCCGUCGGGGAAGGGGUUCUAGCCACAGAACGUCGUGCCGCAAGGUGUCUUCGGGUAGAGGCGCUUUCAUUUACUACAGAUGGUUCGAUGCUGCUUGGGUCAUCUGGGGACUUUGACCACGAUGGCAUUGUGACUAUCACAGCCCCGUUCUACACAGAGACUGGAACCGAUGCCUCACCAGAAGAGCUUCAAAUGCGCAUGUGGACAACACAGAUACUCUUCCCCGAGCAGAUUGGUGGGCUUUCACAUGCCUGUCUGAUUCCAGAGCAUGAAGAAUUAGAUGACAGCUGGAUUCUAGGCUAUGAUUGCCAGCUUGCUGCCUUUAGAGCAAUCAAAGUUACAAACCCCAACACAGGCGGUAUAUACUUUGCCAGUCCAUUUCAGGAGGACGAAUUAAGAGAAAUGCCACCUCUCAUGCAUCCUGCUGUGGAUGACGCUGGAGAACUUGCUGCUUUAGGAUUUAAGGACUCCGAAGUAUGGAUAUAUGGAGUUCCGAAGCGUCUUGAUAUAGCUCCAGCAAACUCCAGUCAAGAUAGUGAUGUCACUAGAUUUGGCGGUUGCCACCAUUGUAAUAGCCAUCGUGAUAAUUUAGCACAGCUCCAGAAGAUCGUUCCAACACGCAAAGCACUGAUUCGUGGACGAUGUUUGACCAACAUCCACGGAAUCACUUCCGCUCGCUGGGUACAUUCGGCGUCAUCAAUUAAGCCCAAGCAUCGCCUUGUUGCUGUGGCACCUGGUGGGGUACACCCACAGGCUUUUGGACAAGAAGAUAUCCCUGUGGACGGAGGAAGAAUACUGCUCUUGGACUUUGAGAGAUCAACGACUAACGGCGAGGAAACGGAACUCGAUAUUGAAGUCGGGGAGACAGCGCCAAAGAUGCUUCCAGAGCCAAAAUCUUCUUUAGACGCUGAGGUGGAGCUGGAAAGACGGCGAACUCAGAUGGUUCGUGGUGAUCGAGUAUCAAGGACUUCUCCUAUUGGAGAUUCUCAACUCCUUCAUGCCCCAGCGCUACAGGGUGGGAUCAGACCUGGGGCUAUACCUGAAAUGCCAUAUGAUAAUACACAACCUCGUUCUCAAGACACUCUCACACGUGCCGCAACGGCUGCAGCGUCGACAAGAGGGCGGUAUGAUCCACGAUAUCGCAACACUCCACCACGCCGCCGCCAGAUUCCCCACGAAAGCGAUGCCGACAAUUGGGUGCCACCACCGCCUCCCUACAAACCAGAACCUGACGAACCAUUGCCUCAACGUCUACAACACAGUCUUCUUCCUAAUGCACUCCCAGUUUUUCAAGCACAUGAUGUAUCAGUUCAGCAGAACCAGAUAACGCGGACAGAUUUGCGUGACCGACUGCGAGGACUAAGCAUCAUUCCCAGCGGCCGGGAAAGUUAUACUCCUCGUACAGAAAUGGCGCAUCCCAACAACCAAGGAAACCCAGGUCAACAGCCCAUGCCAUCUUUAGGGGCAACCAUGCUGGGUCCAAACUACUACCCUUACUCCAUUUCCUCUCCAAAUCUUCUACAAACUAACCAGCUCAACAAUAACCCGCUGGACCCGUCGGUGGGAGACGAAGAACAAACAGCACUAAGACAGAUAUUCCACCGCCGUGUGUUGACAGAGCCUACCAGCUUACCGCCUCCAGAAGACGAGGAGUGGCGGAGGCGCAUUGAGGAUUGGAAUAACCGUACGGUCCGUGAAAGGAGUCGGCGACGACAUAAAUGUAUAAUUAUGUAG